GUGUCCAAACUUGACUUUGAAGAGAUAAAAAUCGGCCGUAAGGCUCGUAAUGAUAACUAUGUAAAGAAUUAAUUUUACGCUUGAGUGUGGAUCAUGGUUAAAUGAUAUUUGUGGAAAUUAAAUAUUGGAAGAUGACCAGGUUCAGUAAUCUUCAAGCCCCAACUUAUAGAUCUAGAAUAUCCUACAACUUAUCAUAUAGUAGGCCUUUUAUUCAAACCAAAGGAUAAGUCUUACACAAAUCUAUUCAUAAUUACAUAUUGAUGGACUGAGAAAUAUAAACUUCUUUUGUGUUCAUGUUAAUAGAACAUAAUAAUCCUUGAAAAAUCGUGAAGGGAAUAUAAUGAUAUUUCCAUUAGUAGACGAAUUCAUAUCAUCUUAGAUCAAAUAUAACUUAAUACAGAACAGCACGACCGAGUCAGUUAUAUAUGUAUGUCAGGAAAAAAAUUAAAAUGUAUUCAUAAAGUUUUAAUUCUGCAACGUGACUACACAUUUAUCUAACAGUCUUUUCAAAAUUCUGAAAAUGGAGAUCAACAAAUUAUCAGGGAACCACAAAAGAGGAUGUCAUUCAGCUCCAGAACCCAGACAACAACAAUUCAAAGUGUUUAGGAAUCGCUAUCAACGAAAAAAAGUUCCAAGAAAAGUACCUCCAGUCAGUAGUCCAACAGUUUUGGUGAAUGGAGAGAUAGAACUGAAUGAAAAUUGCUUCGAAAAUUCGAUUUUAAAUGUUAGCUUUGCCAACCAAAGCUUUGGUGAUGACUCUGAAACAAGAAAUAAUGGAAUUGAAUUUAAAACUAAAUUUGGUUCUGCUACAGAAGAAAAACUACAACAAUUUGUUCAAGAACUAGAUGAUUUAGAGAAUGAGAGUGAUGAUGUAGACUUAAUUUACCUGGGACUUGAUUCUUCUAAAAGAAAUAAUGGAAGGGAAUCGUCAUUAUUCAGUAGAAACAGUACAUGUAUUCCAAUCGUGUUAGAUGCAGAUGAUGUAGAUUCUUUAGCAGAAACAACAUUGCCAUCUGUACAUCAUCCUACUAAUUGUUGGGAAAACACAAGGACUAUAAGUCGAACCAGCAGUAGCAGAAAAUCAGGAACCGCUAGUGCAGCUACCUCUAAAUCUAAAACCUUACAAACUGGUUCAGAUACAGAAUCUGAUGUGGAACUUAGUAGCCGUGAAGUCACAUCUGAUCUGGAUUUUAAAAAAGUGGAUAUAUUUGAUGAUAAGGCCUGGGAUACUGAUUUAGAAGGAGAUGAUAAUACACCUACUUAUGAUCACAGUGGUAAAACAGCCUAUAUAGAAGCAUGUAAACUGGUUGGUGUAAUUCCUGUUUCUUACUUUCUACGGCACAUGCAGGAUAAUAAAGUUAAUUUAAGUCAUCAUGGAUUAGGUGCUAAUGGAAUGAAAGCUAUAGCCAUGUCUUUAGUGUCCAAUACAGAAAUAACAGAGUUAAAUUUAGCUGAUAAUUGGCUAGGAUUUACUGGUGGUAUGGCAGUAUGUCAAAUGUUAAAAGAAAAUUGUUUUAUAUCACAUCUGGAUUUAUCUGAUAAUAAAUUAAAUUAUCAAUGUGCACAAAGUUUGUGUGAAAUAUUAUUACAGAAUGAUACAUUAAGACAUGUUAUUCUCACAGGUAAUGACUUUGAUGAUAAAUCUGCUGUACAUUUCGCUAACACUAUAAUGUUAACUAAAACUUUGGAAUAUUUGAAUCUGAGUAAGAAUAAUUUUUGUGAGACUGCUGGAGUGGUAUUUGGACCAGCUAUAUCAGAGAAUAGUUGUAUUAAAGAAUUAGAUCUCAGUUGGAAUCAUAUCAGAAGAAGAGGUGCUGUCAGUGUUGCUCAAGGUGUUAAGACAAAUGUAUUUAUGAAGAAGAUUAAUUUAUCAUGGAAUGGUUUUGGUGUUGAAGGUGCCUUUGCUGUUGGAGAUGCUUUAAAAGGAAAUUCUGUUCUUGAGGACCUUGAUAUUUCAAACAAUCGAAUUAAUACCGAGGGAGCAGUAAUAAUUGGUAAAGGUCUUGCUGUUAAUGAAACUUUAAAAGUGCUUAAGAUUGGUAAGAAUCCGAUGCAGAGUGCUGGUUGUUGGGGAAUCUGUGCUGCUAUAUUAAAGAAUCCUAACUGUAUAUUGGAGACGUUAGACUUCUCAGAUAUAUUAGUGAAUCAAGAUUUUAAUGAGAUAUUCAAAAAAGUACAGGAACAGUUCCCAGAAUUAAAGAUGAGACAUGGGGGUAUGGAACCGCCACUCAACCCUAAAGCUAGAGUCCAUCCCAUGGUUAAACUACACAGCUAUAUCCAGAAAAAUAACUUACGACUUGUUGAUUUCUUUAAUAAAUUUGACAAAGAUAAGAGUAUGAGUGUCACCCAUGAAGAAUUCUUAACUGGUUUAGUGGAAACUGGAAUUAAUUUAACAGAAGAAGAAACUCAACAGUUAUUAGAAGAAUUAGAUCGAGAUGGAGAUGGUGAAAUAAAUUAUAGUGAGUUAGUAAUAGGUCAUACAGAUUUCCAGGAGAAAGAAAGACAAAUGAACAUGGUGAUAAGCAGUAUGAGACCUAUUACUACGUAAAAACAUAUUUCAUAUUAAACAUUUUAUAAUUACAUCAAUUCAGUCUGUGAUAUAUUUAUACAUUAAUACAGGUAGAAAAGAUAAAUAGAUAACAUGUGAAUUAUUCACUAUGACAUGUUUAUUAAAUGUAUAUAAAGAAUCUUUUUGCUAGAGUUAAAUUUGACCAUUGCAGGGCUUUUUUAUUCAAAUCUUAUGUUAUUUAGAUGUUUAUUCACCUGACAAACCCAUAAUCAACUCUCUAGAUCAUUGUGCGGAUGAGAUAUUUAGUGCAUUAGUCAAUGCCAGCUGUAUCUGCUUUAAAUGCUAAUAUGGCCAGUCAAGUAAAAAUGUUCAGGUAAUGCAUGACUUCACUUACGAAGACUGACAAAAAAAGGGUUUUGUUUAUUAUCAUGGCAAUGGUCCUUGACAAUCCAGAUUAUGAUUGGCAAUUUAUGGUUAUUUCUUGUUAGAAUUUCAAACAUUCAUAACCACACCCAGAAAAAAGUAAUUUGACUGAAAUUUCAAUAUAUUAAUUUUUCAUUAUCAGUGUCUGCUGAGCUAUUAUAUUACAGCAAGAAUGGCCAGGGCCCUGUUUCUCGAAAUCUUAACUAAAGAUAAAAUCCAAAUUUUAGUAGAUACUUCAAUUUUGAUUGGCUAAGCACUAAAAUCAAUCUAAUAUUAUCCAAUCAAAUUACUAAAAUUUGGAUUUUAUCUUAGUUAAAAUUUCAUGAAACAGUCCACAGGUCUUUAUCUAAAUCUUACAUAUCAUGUUUCUUUAAUAUAUAAAUAUUAGUAAUCAGUAUGUUUCAUGCAUGAUACAUACAAUGAUGCAUACUCAUAAUGUUAUAUUAUGUGAUUACCUACAUGUGAAAAUAAGUUCUUGUUCUAUUUAUAAAUCUCAGAUCCUAGUCCAUUUCGUUUUUUAUUUUUCAAAUUUCCUUUUAUAUAUCUUCACUACACUUGGAUCGGGAUGUGUUUUUAAAUAAACUACGUUCUCUUUGAUGGUGGGGAUUGGCCAAUGAAAUCGUUCAUGGAAUUCUGGGAGACAAUGGUUGAUUAUAAAUAUUAAGAGUUUUCGCCUGUGAACCCUGAUACAACCUUCCAUAUAAUCCAGUCAGAUUUUAUGGAGGACAUCAAAAGUAUAAUAGAAACAGAUGAAAUUUACAUCUUUAGUUUAAACAGAUUGUAUUUAUAAGGGAAAAUGAUAGUCUGGGCAAAGUGUAAAAACUGGUGUUUUAUAAGAAUUGCCUGUACGUUUUUUUGCGGGGUUUUCCUGGUAGUUUUGAGUAAAGAUUAUGAGUAUUAGUAAAAUGUGAAAGUUACCAAAUUUAGCCUUAAUUAUUAUUCCUUAUAUAUUGUAUAUCUUCAAAAUUAUAUUGUGUAUUUGUUUAUGAUUUCUGGGAAAAGCAUCUCUGCUUUCUCAAUAACAAUCCCAUUACGACCGAAGAGUGAUAAUUGCUAGUGAAUAUUGUGAGGCUGUUAACUUAAAAUGGCCAAUGUUUUUUCUAUUUUAUUUUAUUUUAAAUCAUUGUUAGGGUACUUAUAUUUAACUUUAAUUUCAUGACACAAUUUAAUCCACCACUUACAGUUUACAAAACAAUUUAAUGUUUUACAAUAUUAUUAUAAGUUAUGAAAUUCAACUUUAUUAAUGUGAUAGAUUUGUUCAUAUUGUAAGUAUUUGUUAGUUUUUAAGUUAAAUUUUGUUCAUGUUGUGUUAAGUAUUUGUUCAUUUGAAGUAUUUGUUAAUAAAAGCUUAGAGUGAUACCAACGCAGCAUUAUCAUGAUAAAAUUGUUUGUAUGUGAUAAAAUUGUCUAUUUGUGAUAAUACUUGUUUAUUAGCCGUCCGUUUAAUGGAAUAAAAACAUUUGUAUAUCUUUA